AUGGGUCCUUGCUCCAUCAUUAGUGAUCCAGUCAUUAAUGGUGGCGAGAACAUUCCCUCACCUCCUGCUCUCACCGAUACUUCCAAAUCUACACCCAUUAAUUCCCUUGUCAUUAAUGGCAUUGAAUCUAGCGUUCACUGUCUAGGAUCCGAUAGCACUUUGUUGCUUGGUCCUUUUUCUGGCCCUAAGCUGUCCUCCUCUAGUUCGGCCCCCUCUAGUUUGCCCCCCUCUGGUUCUGGUGCCAUAUCUGUGGCAGUUGUCCCUGUGGUGGUGAAUGCUCCUACCCCUCCUGUGAGUAAUAAGCCGACUGCAUCAUUCUCUGAUAACCCUCUGGAGCCAAUUCCAACUGUGUUUGAUAAAGGAAAAGUUAUCAUGAUUGAUCCUCUCUGUCAAACCCAUAUGGGAAGUGACGUCAAUGGCACUCCUGGUCUUCAAUAUGCAGGUCUACAGAAUGAUUAUCAGCCCAAAGCCUUCCAUGCUCCCUCCACCUAA